UUGCCCUCCGCUUCUCUCUCUGGUCCUUUUUCUUCUCCUUCUCAUGGAGUCAGUGGAUUUCAUUACCCUUUACCCAAGCUUCGAGGAUAACGCUGUCAAAGCAAAGUUCACCUUGGUAGGUAAAAUACUCUCUCCUAAAGUUCUCAACAAAAAAGGAGUAUCAAAUGUGGUAUCCAAAGCCUAGAGCAGGUUUUCUGAGGAAAUAGUAGUCACAGCUUGGGGAGGGAAUAUUUUUGCUUUUGGUUUCAAAUCGGAGGACGCGGUUUGCAAAAUUAUGAGCCUUGGCCCAUGGUCGGUUAUGGGGUGUCUCUUGAUCCUUCGGAAAUGGGAAGCCAAUAGAACUUUGGAGGAGCUGGAUUUUGAUUUCAGCCCUUUUUGGGUCCAAAUCCAAGGCCUUCCUUUUUGUUUUUUGAAUGCUAAAAGUGGGCUAAAGAUAGCAGAAGCUUUGGGGGAGGUUAUCGCUGUUGCAGAUCCAGAAAAGGAGAGGAAGUUGAUGAAGUUUAUCCGAGUCAGGGUUUGGGUGGAUAUAACUAAGCCCUUGAAGAGGGGCUUCUUCCUCAGAAGACCAGGCGAAGAGAACCUAUGGGUGAAAUUCAGGUAUGAACGUCUUUCGAAUUUUUGCUAUAGUUGUGGAAGAGUUGGCCAUAAUUUCAACGAAUGCAAAGAAAAGGAUGAAUCAAAGGAAAAGACAGUGUAUGAUGGGGACCUACGGGCGAAGAUCUCUUGGCUUGACACCAUUAAUUUUGGGAUCAAAGAACCAACCAAGUUUUUCUACCCUGAUUCCAGAAAUAGGAGCAGUAGAGGCGGCGACGACGGCAGUGCGGCGGCCUCCCAAGCCCAUGUGAGUACCUGUCACAACCCUGACCCGCCCCUCGAGCAAGCGAUGAUCAAAAGGGGCUAA